ACGCGUUGACCGCCACGUGUAUCACGUUCCUUACAUAUUCUCUUUUCUUCCUCACGAGAAGAAGAAAAAAAACAGGAAAAUCGAAAAUUCAAGCUGCGAUUGCGAAGAAGAGACUUCAGAUCUAGCUUGAUCCGGUGAUAAUGGCUCUCGAAUGGGUGGUUUUAGGUUACGCGGCGGCGGCCGAAGCGAUUAUGGUGGUGCUAUUGACGAUGCCGGGACUCGACGGACUCCGCAAGGGAUUAGUCGCCGUCACGCGUAAUCUCCUCAAACCGUUUCUCUCCAUAGUUCCUUUCUGUCUCUUCCUCUUAAUGGACAUCUACUGGAAAUACGAAACUAUGCCUUCGUGCGACGGCGAUUCCUGCACACCGUCGGAGCAUCUUCGUCACCAGAAAUCAAUGAUGAAAUCUCAGCGAAACGCGCUUCUGAUUGCGGCUGCACUUGUGUUCUACUGGAUCCUUUACUCAGUUACCAAUUUGGUUGUCAGGAUCGAGCAUCUUAACCAGAGGAUCGAGAGGCUCAAGAACAAGGAUUGAUCGUCUCGUCUCGUCUAAGGUCCAAUCAAUUAGUGUAAUGCCU